AUGUCUGAAUAAAGUUCAGAUGAUAGUGAUGAAUCACCAAAGUUAAUCUAACCCAAUAGACAAAGAAAGCAUCUAUCAGAGAUUGACGUUCUUAUUGCUACCUUAUAAAUAGAACCAAAACAAAGGAGUUGGCAAUAAUUGAAGUUUCUUUGUGAUACUUUUGAAUAAAAUGUCCAUUACUUUUCUUAAUUACGUAAUAAACUUACAACUUCAAUUCUUAUUAAACUAAUGGCUACUAUUUCACUAGAAUAAUUUACGUCAUUUAAUGUCGUUUUUAAUUAAGGGGAAACUGGGAGAAAAAUGUAUAUCAUAUUGAAAGGGGAAGUGGCAGUUCUUAUAAAGACAGAUGAUCAAAAUGAGGUAAUUCAAAAGGAGGAUCAUAGACGAAGAAGGGCAACCAAAACAUUUGAUGAAUUGAUAUUGCAUAAGUUUUCUAACUAUCGAAUUGUAGCUUAUAAGAAACAAUAUGACUACUUUGGAGAAAUAGCAAUUGAGUAGAGGAUUCCUCGCACAGCUACAGUGAUUGCCAAAGAGCCUUGUGUUUUUGCAAUAAUCACAUUUGAUGCUUAUUAAUCUUUACUGAGCGAAUUAUAGGCUGACAAUUUGUAAUUGAGAUAGGUCGUGAUAGCAAGAAUGUAUCCAUUUAAUUUGUUAAAUGAAUAACAGUUUUAACAGAUUUUACACAAUUAUGAGGAACUAAAUAUACAAGGUGGUUGUUUGUUAUAUAGAGAACAAUAGAAUGCAGAUGCGAUAUAUUUGGUAAUUAAGGGAGAAGUGUUAGUGCAGAUUAAGGAAUUAGUUGAUAAUGCUGCUGCUUAGGUUCAAGAAUAGAAAUAUUUUGUGAAUUUCUAAAAGUAACAGAGAAUCAAAAAUAUCGGUCUAUUUGGGACAGGAUAAAUAGUGGGAGAUUAUGAAUUGUAUUUACAAAAGAAAUACAAGCAUAAGCUGAUAAGGAGGACCAUAGCAAUAGUUAAAAGUGACUCUAGAAUUAUCAGGAUUCCCUUGAAAUAAUUUGUAGACGUAAUAGAACAUGGGCUAUCAGCAAAAUGGCUAUUACGUUAUGUAAAUGAGAAGUAUGAAUAGAAGGAGCAGUUACCAAUAUUAUAAUUAAAGGAUGAGUAGGAGAAUAGGAAAGUGUAAUCGUUCAUAUCACCUCAAUUCAAAAAAAUGAUUCUUCGAUUGAAGAAACAUCAUGAUCGCAAUAAAAUUUCGAGUGAUCGAUAUUAAUAGAUCAUUUACAAACAGAAUGUGGAGGAUGGGAAUAAUGAGUAAUAGUUUACUGGAUUAAAGAAGGAAAUAAAUUAUUAGGAUAAAUCAUUGCUAAAGUAUUUAGCUAAGGAUCAGAUUUUACAUAAGAGGAAGAGCAAUACUCUGACUAAUUUUAGUAUUGACAAGUUCGCCUCGACUUUAAAAUCUAGGGUUAGAUUCACUAAAUUAUUAACAUAAAUAGAUGAGGAGACAAGUUGUUACAGAUUUCAUUCUACUCCAACUAAAACGAAUGGGUUCUUAUCUAAAUAGACUCAAACUCUUACUAAUAUUCAAUCUCCAUAAUAUAAAUUCAACUAAACAUUCAGAAUGAAUUGA